ACCCCCUUCCCAGCCUCCACCCGGACCCACCCCCUUUCUUUCGUCCCACGUCGUCGCUACAAGACCCUCUCACUUCGUCUCCGGACUUCGACCAUCGUAGCCACCACACAACCUCUUCGGCCUUCCCCGCAUCCAACACCGAACAACCCUUCUUCACCAUGCCGGUCGAUCUCUCGGGAACAUGGAAGCUUGACAGCAGCGAAAACUUCGAGGAAUUCAUGAAGAAACUUGAAGUGAACAUGGCCCUCCGUAAGAUGGGCGCCCUGGCCAAGCCGACCACUGAGAUCACACAGACUGGGAACCACUUCGUUGUCAAGACGUCCACCACCUUCAAGAACACCGUGGUGGAGUUCGAUAUCGACCAGGAGUUCGACGAGAAAACAGCUGACGACAAGGAGGUCAAGUCCGUGGCUACUUGGGAUGGGGACAAACUAGUGGUGACGCAGAAAAGAGGGCCCCCUAUCGGCGACGUGCUGUACAUCAGGGAGCUGCAGGGGGACGAUGCACUGCUGCUGACCUGCACCGCUGGUGACGUGGUUUGCAAGCGGCACUACAAGAAGAGCAAGUAGAGAGAACCAUCCAACUUCCAGCUACAAAAUGCUGCACAUCGAACAACAUAGGCCUGACCAAGAUCUCACUGUCUGUUUCACUGCGUAGGCACGCCACCUAGCGUCAUUUUCACUAAACGCAGGUUCAACUUGAAAUGAAAAUGCAUGGAACAUGUAAUUUUUCUUUCAACAAAUGCACAGUUUCUAAACGGAACUUGUGAUUUUUCUUUUAAGAUGUAUGCUUUUUAAAGCAAUUUUGCAACUUCAAAUCGGCGACACUCACAAGGGACCUUAUAGCUUUGCUGCUUUUUUUAUCUGAAAAAAGUCGUUGGGUGAAAGUAGUGUAAUUGUCUUUUGAUUGUUUUACCUUCAAUAAAAUGUCACAUUCCUACAAUAUAUGAACGAAAUGGAAGCUUAACUAGUAAGACAGGACAAAGAAUUGUGGAGUAGUUGCUGAAAUAUCAUACACAUGUACAAUGCCGUUGAAUUCAAACACAAAUUGCUCAAUAAACACCAUACAUUCCCUGCUAUAAUAAAGUAUCAGUUCAUUUUCCCUAU